AUGUACAACCAGGCGGGGCUUGAAUCUAUUUGACCAACCACAUACAUUACUUUACUAGGUGGCGUGUGCUGGUGGUUUAGGAUUCAUACGUCGUCAAACCAGAUCAUUAUUUGAAAGUUAACUGUUACAUUAACUUUUGUUUAAGGAACAAGUGAAGCCAUGGCUGAAGACGAGGAUAUGUUUCUUAGAGCUAAACAGCGGACCUUCAUCGGAUUUACUGAAGAUGAGCAGAAAGAGUGGAAGGGUCCUUUCUUCUUCAUCCAGGCUGCAGACCCCCAGCUGGGACUGAUGAAGGCCUGGAGGGAGAAUGACUGUGACGGAGGAGGGGACGAGUGGGCUGACGAGGUCCAGCUGACCCAGCAGGCUGUGGAGGCCAUAAACCAGCUGAACCCCAGGCCCAAGUUCAUGGUGCUGUGUGGGGACCUGGUCCACGCUAUGCCAGGCACCCCAUACCGAGAGGGGCAGGAGCGGGACUUACAGGUGGCUCUGAGGGGUACUGACCCAUCCAUCCCUCUAGUGUUUGUUAGCGGGAACCAUGACCUGGGUAACACACCAACCCCGGAAACUGUAGCCCAGUUCUGCCGUACCUGGGGAGAUGACUACUUCAGCUUCUGGGUUGGCGGGGUGUUGUGUCUGGUGCUGAACUCCCAGUUGUUCUUCGACGCAUCGGCCUGCCACGACUUGAGAGACGCCCAGGAGGCCUGGUUAGAGGAGCAGCUGAAGAGGGCCUCUCAGGGGCCCGGUGUCACACCCAAACACGUCCUGGUAUUCCAACACAUCCCUCUGUACCUGAAGACCCCCGAUGAGGAGGAUGACUACUUCAACCUGCAGACAGCCACGAGGCAGAGACUUCUGGAAAGAUUUAAACGGGCAGGAGUGAAGGCGGUGUUCUCUGGCCACUACCAUCGUAAUGCAGGAGGGCUCAUUAAUGGCUUGGAUAUGGUGGUGAGCUCCGCUAUAGGCUGUCAACUGGGAGAGGACACCCACGGGGUCAGGGUGGUGGUAGUGACUGCUGACCAGGUCAUCCAUCGCUACCACAGCCUGGAUGACCUCAGUGUGCGAGGCAUGGAUGAGGAACUCAAGAAACUACUACAGGCGUGAACCAAUCAGAGGAGAGGACGCGCUCAGGAAAUGAACACCAGAUUUAACAGGCGAUUCAGAACGCACCUCAGAGUAGGAGAAUCAGUCCUUUUUUCUGUUAUGAUUUAAAGGCUGAACUGUUUCUAAAUCAGCAUUGCUAUUCUGCCUCAGGACCAGAGGAGCAGAAAGAGGAAGUCGGCCCAUCCACUUAAGGCCUGUAGCUUGCAUUACCCUGUUGUAUUGUUCAAGGUCAUCAGUGGCCAAACCUGCUGGAUUCACCUUACUUCAGGAAAACAGGACUGUUUUAUCAAGAAUAUCCUAGAUGUUAUGACUGUUGCUAAGGUCUUAUGCAAACAACCCCAAUGACCCUGUCCUCAGUGUAACAUAUUGUCAUGGUAACCCGAGGAAAAACAAAGCUGUUGCCCUUGGUGAACUGGCCUGAUGGUAGAGAGGGGUAGACCAACAGCUCAUUAUGGCCUUGGCAAUGAAAAACUAAUAAAUGACUCUUCAGUUCACAAGUCCUGUCUCAAAAAUGCUAUGCAUGUAUGUUUUUACUUUUUGACAUCAUUGAGAAUUUCUUAGGUGUGAAUUAUUUUGCUACUUAAUAUGUUUGGGUCUGUUUCCACUUGUGUUCUUACCUAUACUACAGUUAAAUGCAAAGUUACGUUGUGUUUGUGCAAUUAAUAAACAGGUUUCACCUAUUACAAAUGUUGCAUACAUCUGGGGGGAAUGCCAUUAACAAUUUUGAUCAUUAUGUGAGGAAAUAAGCCAUGUCACCUUUGUUGGAAAAGAAAACUAUUUUAAUCAUUGCUGUAAUAUAAUCCAGAUUUGUCUACAAAUUCAAUGAUGAAAACCAAAAUCAAGAACUACCUCUUCUAGUUGUUAUAAUUGUAUGUGACAUUCUAGCAGCCUACACAAAUGAUUUGUUUACGAGAGUUAUCUGAAUGCUGAUGAUCAGUCCAUAUCAUAUACAUAUAUAUAUACACAGUUUAUUCCACUUUCCUUUCCUCAGGGCUUCUACUAGCAGAGGUCUUGUUCUUGGUAAAUGGUGUUGACAUGGCGGUUGUACUCUGUAGUAGUCUGGGGGAUUCUCUCUCUGCAUUGCUGAAUAAAUCACACACAC